AUGGGCUGCAGCAAAGGUUCAGUCACAGACUCCACCACAGGUUCAACCACAGGCUCCACCACAGGUACAACCCCAGGCUCCAUCACAGGUUCAACCAAAGACUCCACUGCAGGUUCAACGACAGGCUCCAUCACAGGUUCAACCACAGCCUCCACCAUAGAUUCAACCACAGACUCCACAACAGGUUCAAUCACAGGCUCCACAGCUUCAACCACAAGCUCCAUCAGAAGUUCAACCACAGGCUCAACCACAGGAUGGACCACAAGCUCCACCAUAGGUUCAACCACAGGUUCAGCCACAAGCUUCACCACAGGUUCAACCACAGGCUCCACCACAGGUUCAGCCACAAGCUUCACCACAGGUUCAACCACAGGCUCCACCAUGGGCUUCACCACAGGUUCAAUGGCAGGCUCUACCACAGGUUCAAUCAUAGGCUCCACCACUAGUUCAACCAGAAGCUCCAUCACAGAAUUAACCACAGGUUCAACCAUAGGCUCUACUAUAGGUUCUCCCAUAGACUCCACCACAGGUUUAAACACAGGUUCCAUUACAGGUUCAACCACAUGCUCCAUCACAAGUUCAACCACAGGCUUCACCACAUGUUCAACCACAGGCUCCACCAUAUGUUCAACCACAGGUUCAAUGGCAGGCUCCACCACAGGUUCAACAACAGAAUUAACCACAGUUUCAACCACAGGCUCCACCAGAGAUUCAACAACUGGCUCCACCACAGAUUUAACCACAUGUUCAACCAGAGGCUCCACCUCAGGUUCAAACACAGGCUCCACCAUAGAUUUAACCACAGGCUCCACCAGAGGUUCAACCAUAGGCUCCACCACAGGUUCAAUUAGAAGCUGCACUAUAGGUUCAACCACAGGCCACACCAGGGGUUGA